CAAACAAUAUUUUUUUUUUUGAUGCUAUUUUUAAGCGUUUCUAAUAGUUAUUUUUUUUUUAAACGGGAAUAGAGAAAUAAAAAUUACUUUGGUGGUUUUUAAGGACGAUAGUGUCCAUGUGUAAAAAAAACGAUAAGAAACAAAACAAAAGAAGCGGUCUUAUAAGUAUGUAAUUGAGUUUUUAGGGGUUGGCUUAAAGACCAUAGUUGUCUAAGCAAAAGGCGGGAAUUACUUUAAUUUCUUUGUUUAGAACAAUAAAAAAAAGAAAAUUAUUAUCAAGUGAAUAUGUACAAUAUUUCUUCGCCACCAUUAAUAUUGAUUAAAAUUUAUCGAUCGAAUGAGUGAAAAUCUAUUUGGGACAUACAAAAAAAAAUAAAACACUUUUUAUUCCACGGAGGUGUGUAUUUUUGUAACAUAUGUGCAGACAAGUGAAGAACAAAUUGAGUACAAUUAUUAGCAAACAAAGGUGAAUAAAAAUACAAUUUGGAUUUAUUUGUGAGAUGACAAUUUUGAUUGCUUUUGUUCUAAAAUAAAAUAUAUACUACCAUGACAGUUGAAAACUAUCACUUGAAAUGGGAUUCCCACUUGACUCAUUUAAACAGCGCAAUAUCAACCUUAUUCAGAAACGAAAGAUUUGCCGAUGUCCUUCUAUACAGCAGUAGCCCAGAACCUGGAGUUCCAAAAAUUGGUAUAUCAGCGCACAAGUUUAUACUAAGCUCUUCUAGCCAGUUCUUCGCUACAAUUUUUGACUCAACUUUACCAUCGUCAACGUCUAAUGGAAUUUUUCACAUUGUUCUUCCACCUGACUUAACACAACGCACCAUACAAAUUUUAGUUCAGUACAUGUACAGCGGUGAAGCAACUGUACCCAAUGAAGUACUCAGUGAAGUCCUUCGCGGAGGAGAGUUAUUGAAAAUUCGAGGCCUCUGUCGUGCCCCACCAAGUAGCAAUUCUGAGCUCAACAACUGUGACUAUUCGAAACCUAAUCAUGGAGAAGCGAAUACUCGUUUUGCUAACGAACUUCGAGGCUUAGGUGCAUCAGUGCUUCCAGAAGAAAGUCCUGUCAUAGUGAAAUCACCAAAACCACCGCAUAUAGGUCUUCUACGAGUUGUAAAUUCCAGUUCAUUAGGUGGGCGAAUAUCAGUGAACAAAGAUGUUGCCAUCGAUCCAGAACCAGGUGAGUCAAACUAUUCAUAUCCACCCGAGAUCAAUCCACGUGUAUCGUGUCGAGAAAGUGGUUGCACCGGAUGUACCGAACCUUCAGAUAUAGAAAGCCCAAUGGAAUUGGCUCCAGCACCAAAGCUUACAAUGCGAACAGAUUUGCAUAAUAGUCAGUCGAUCGAAGAAAAAUCCACAGUUCCGCAUAGUCAACCCUUCCGUAGAAUAAGUUUACCCAUUGAUCCGCUAUCAACUUCAGAAGAACCUCUAAACUGUUGUCAUAUAAAAGAGGAGCCAUCCGAUUCGUGGCAUGCUCCAUCGAUUGGUGGCGAUGUUUCUCCAUUACCCGUGGGCAUUCCUAAAAUCGUUCUCAAAUUAAAAAUGCCACGUCCAGCGCCGAUAAAACUCGAAGCUCCAGGAAGUGGCGACGAAGAAUGCAGUCAGCCGCCAUUAGACAAUAUUGACCACUUGCCCUAUACUCGAUUAGCCUGUGACGUUUGCAAGACAUCAUUUGACGAACCUAAAGCGUGGGUACGGCACAUGGAAAGUCAUAUGGAAAAACCCGAACCCGACAAGGAUUCAGAUAAUUCUUCCAGUGCGUUCAAUCGGUCGACUUCCAAGACGGUUUAUGUGCCAAAGAAACGAAGACGUAUUUCGCCUCAACAUUUAUCUGGAGACCAUGUUACACUUAUUUGCGAUCUCUGCACAAUGUCUUUUACAACACCGGCUGAAUGGGUUCGUCACACAAACACUCAACACACAGAAUCCGAAUUAGCCUUAUUCAAUAAUCAACGCAACGCAGUCCAACAGAAGCCAACAUCAGAAGCCGAGGUAGUGAGGUACAGUCGAAGACACCAUCAUACUAGUGGGCUAUUCAAAGCUUUAUCCUAGAUCAGUCAGAAGUUUUCAUCGUAAGACUUUAAUCAAUCAAGCCAUGCGAACUUCUCCGGCAAGAGGUCUAGAUAAGAUCUGUGAUAUAUGCACGAAAAGAUUUCCAACGACAGAUCUUAUGAUAGAUCAUAAAAAAACACAUCACAAUUGAGGAAGGGAUGAUUUACAUAAAUUUUGAUUUUUUUUUGAAAAUUUCGCUCGCAAGUGCAAGCUAUAAUAAAAUUGUUUAAUGCACAAAAUUGUAAUUUUUGGAGUGAUCAACGAAUCGUUUGCUUACAUAUAUAAUAAAUACAAACAAAAUUUGAAAUGAAGUAUAGACAAGAAUAAUUUGUGUAUAACUGUAACUAUACUUGAAGCGAGGAUUAUUUAUAUAUACAUACUUGUACAUAAUUUACACUAUGAACUUUUUUCAA